AUGCUAUCUCAUUCAUUUCAUCGCCACCUGUACAGUUAUCUUUCCCAACAUAACCAUCUCAACGUCUCAGUUCGUUCACAUCUAUCUAUCUAUCUAUCUAUCUAUCUAUCUAUCUAUCUAUCUAUCAGCCUAUUCUAUCUAUCUCAGUUGACUCACAUCAAUAACACACCAUUUAAAUUUCAUAUCUAUCUCAGCCUGUUCAUAUAUAUCUAUCUAUCUAUCUAUCUAUCUAUCUAUCUAUCUAUCUAUCUAUCUAUCUCAACCUAUUAUCUAUCGAUCUAUCUAUCUAUCAGCCUGUGCUUAUCUAUUUAUCUCAGCCUGCUAUCUAUCUGUCUAUCUAUCUAUCUAUCUAUCUAUCUAUCUAUCUAUAUAUAUAUAUAUAUAUAUAUAUAUAUAUAUAUUAUAUAUAUAUCAGCCUGUGCAUAUCUAUCUAUCUAUCUAUCUAUCUAUCUAUCUAUCUAUCUAUCUAUCUCAACCUAUUCAUAUCUAUUUAUCUCACCUUGCUCAUAUCUAUCUAUCUAUCUAUCUAUCUCAGCCUGUGCAUAUCUAUCGAUCUAUCUAUCUAUCUCAGCCUGUUCAUAUCUAUCUAUCUAUCUAUCUAUCUAUCUAUCUAUCUAUCUAUCUAUCUCACACCUGUUUAUAUCUAUCUCAGCCUGUUCAUAUCUAUCUAUCUAUCUAUCUAUCUAUCUAUCUAUCUAUCUAUCUAUCUCACACCUGUUUAUAUCUAUCUCAGCCUGUUCAUAUCUAUCUAUCUAUCUAUCUAUCUAUCUAUCUAUCUAUCUAUCUAUCUAUCUGUCAGUCAGUCUGUCUCUCUUCAUGGGUUUGUGUACGCGCUCACGUUUGUGUAUGUCUGUGUGA